AUCUCUGGAAACAACAAACAAACAAUCAUAACAUUCUGAAAAUCCACAAAUUUUGCCAUGGGACUCACAAUAUCCACCUUACUAACUCGUCUUUUCGCAAAGCAGUCUGUGAGGAUCCUGAUGGUCGGUCUGGACGCGGCUGGGAAAACCACGAUCUUGUACAGACUGAAACUGGGCGAUGUCGUCACAACCAUCCCUACCCUUGGGUUCAACGUGGAGACGGUGGACUACAAGAACAUCAGCUUCACAGUGUGGGACGUCGGAGGACAAGACAAGAUCAGGGUGUUGUGGAGGCACUACUUCGAGAACACCCAGGGACUCAUCUUCGUGGUGGACUCCAGCGACCGUGAUAGAGUGUCGGAGUGCGAGAAAGAGUUGACCAGCUUACUUCAGGAGGAUGCUCUCAGGGACAUCGUGUUGCUGAUCCUGGCCAACAAACAGGACCUUCCCGACGCGCUGAGUGCUGCUGAGUUGAGCCAGCUGUUGGGUUUGGACAAGCUGAAGAACAGAUGGAAGAUACAAGAGACUUGCGCCACGCAGGGCCGAGGACUCUACGAGGGUCUGGACUGGCUGUCCAAUCAGCUGGAGCAGUGACGUCAUUUACGUCAUUGUUUAUUACAAGUGUUUUGAAAACAAUUCUGUGGUCGCAAUAGUUGGUUAUAGGUGUGGUCUGUAUCUAGCAAUUUGUCAAAACGACGGACUGUCCUAUCAGCUGACUCAAUAGUGACGUCACUUUAUGGUUCUCACUAUUCCAUUAUUUAUUUAAUGUUUCCUACCACUAAAUAUAAUUGUACGAUUGUUCAUCUGUGAUUGUAGACAUCGAUGUUGAUUGUCACUACC